GGUGCUACACUUAAAGACGUCCGGCUGUCAAAUCAGACUGUCAUGGACGGUAGACCGAAUAGAGGCAGAGGAGGAGGUUGGAAAAGAGGUGGCCGCGGUGGAAACGAUGGCGAUAAAUGUGGCAGUGAUCACAGAGGAAGAGGCAGAGGAGGUCACCACCGUGGCCGGGGCAGAAAAGAUUAUCAUCGCGGUCGUGGACGUGGAGGAGAUGCAAAUGCAGCGGAAUUCCAACACUGGAAUCAAGUUGAGCGUGACGCUCCUGAAGAAGCUCACAGCGUCGUUUUCUCCAGGAGGAAACUGCAGUCCAACUGGGACCGUUAUGAGGACUCGGAGAAGCAGGAAAUCCCUGACAAUAUGCCCACGAUUAGAGGAACUGACUACCAUGUCCUUUUGGGCGCCGCAGGGGAUUGCUUCACUCAAUUCCGCUUUUCUGAAGAAAAAGACUGGGAGACGGAUACAUCUUCAUCCACUCAGAUGUCGACUUUGUUUGUGGACCUCCCAGCAUUGGCUCAGGUUCUUGAACAAGUGCCUCUUCAUCAGAGGCUCAACUUGGAAGCUGAGCUAGUUCAGGUUUCAACACCAGUCAACUUGCCCACAACGACUUUGGCCUCCAAACAGGAGACGGCCAAGCUGCCCUCAUUAACACCAUCGGCCGUACCUUCAAAAGACCCGAGCACCAAGACUAUAAGCUUUGUUGCCAGCUCCGACUCGAAGGCUCCCUCGAGUGUUGUUACGGCCUCGGCGGACGAGCUGGAUGACGAGCUGGACCAGCUGCUCACUUUAGCGAAACCACUGAACCCUGCCUCGGGAGACCAGUCUGUCAACGUUGAAAGCGCUGUUGUGAUGAAAGAUUGUGACACAGUCACUGAGGUACAAACCGAAGAGAAGAUGGAGGAGCCCGAAGACAACAUUACCGCACCCCCUGAGUCCGCUUCUGUCAAGCAGGAAAUGACUGAGGAGGACUUGGAGGACUGGUUGGACAGUAUGAUCUCCUGACCAUUGCAGAGAUGUAGAACAUGGAAAGAAAAGGAGCUACAGGAAAAAACCUGCAGGAGUGAACCCCCCUCCAAAACAUCCAUGGUAACGUCUCUUUCAAAAGGUUUUGCUUUUGUCUAAAAUACUGUCGGGGCUGCGUGCAAACAAGUAGCCACUUGCCUCGCCUAGUUGCAGUGCCCUAGCUCCGGCCGUGGUUGUCAUGGUAACAAACGGCUUUUUACAUCUUGGGGGGGAAUGCACAAGGGGAUUAGCUGGUGAAAGUGACGAGUCAUGCUUUAUUGCCUCAAUUAACUUUAUUCAUUUCCGUCCUCGUUCACAUCAAUGCAAAACUACUACGUGUGUGU